CCAUGUUUUGGAAGAACUCCAGCAAAGUGAAUUUUCUUGCAUUGUUUCCUGCGUGGUCCAGGUUUCCUCGUUUGGCUGCGUCCUGUCUCCACUUUCACAGUGACAUCACGGGAGUUUCCCUCCUACACGGGCAUAAAUAGGCCAGGCCCUCUGGCUGCUGCUUCACUCCGCUAGUAGCACAGCUAAGACAAACCGGCCUAGCGUGUGCAAGCAUCACAGCCAAACAACAUGAUGAUGUACACUUCGGCACCGGCAGACCCGGAGGCGCCCCUGGAGGAGAAGAGGGUGGUGGUGGUGGAGAGGAGGUCCUUGGCCGGAUGGAUGUGGAAGUUGUCCGCAGGCCUCCUGGUGGCCGCCCUGUGCUUAGGCCUGGUCCUGCUCUUCGCCUGGUACUGGCAAGGAAGAUCCGAGCCCAUGAUGUCUGCAGGCCCGACUCAGGCGCUGGUCCAGGACCCAGAGAAUGACACAGAUCCUCACGACACACUACUGAGAAUCAGCAGUAAAGCCAAGGCAGCCAUUCAUUUAGAAGGGAUCCACACUGAAGGUCAGAGUGUACCAGAUCAGCUGGAGUGGAGGAACGGUCAGGGUCAGGCCUUCGCUCAAGGCGGCCUACGCCUGCUCAACAACCAGAUCUCCAUCCCGAACACCGGUCUCUACUUCGUCUACAGCCAGGCGUCCUUUCGUGUGUCCUGUACCGAGGAGGAUGCGGAGGAUGCGGGCACGAGCAAGUACUUAAUGCCACUCAGCCACAGGAUCUGGCGGUACUCCGAUUCGGUGGGGCGCAAGGCAUCCCUGAUGAGCGCGGUGAGGUCGGCUUGCCAGCAGGGUGCCUCGGCCGAGAACGACCAGCGUGGCAAACAGGGCUGGUACAACGCCUUGUACCUGGGCGCCGUCUUCCAGCUCAACAAGGGCGACCGGCUGUGGACGGAGACCAAUCAGCUGUCGGAGCUGGAAACCGACGGUGGCAAGACCUUCUUUGGCGUCUUUGCACUUUGACCCCCAGCUCAAAGUGUGGCCUGCCCCGCAGAGAACUGUUCCCACGACAAGACUGUUUUUGUUUUACUGCUUAUCCUAUCUGGGUCACAGGUGAGCUGGAGUUUAUCUCAGCUGACUUUGACAAGAGGCAGGUUAACCCCGGACUGGUUGCCAGCCAAUCACAGUGGUUUAUACUAGUAUAUGGAACGAUUGAUGGAUGUAUUUGUAUUUAUUGGUUUCCUCUCUGCACGUUUAUUCAUCUACGUGAUGAUGAAGUCUUUGAAUCUCAAUGGAGAUGAACUUUAGCAUCUUUAUGAACUGUACCAGUUUACAUCUGUUGUCUAUUUAUUUGUAUUUAUUUGUAUUUAAAGCAUCGGGACACGGUGCUAUUUAUGGAGAGUAAAGUUUUUCCAUACGACAACAACAACAAAACGCCUGUGUUAUAAAUAAAUUGGGAAUAUCCGGGUACCUCAUUACAGGAUACGAUAUGCAAUACAUGGCUCGCCAUAACGAUGAUGUGAAUGUUUCCAUACAAGUUGCUCGGCAUUUGUCACAAUGCCUUCACUUCUUGAGGUCUCUAUUUUGGUUUACAUAUACAGUAAACCUCGGAUAUAUCGGACUCGGAUAUAUCGGAAAUUCGGACAGACAAUAAAAAAGAACCAAUUUUUCUGUAAUGCAUUUCCAAUAAAAAUUCAUUGCAUAUAUCGGAUUUUUUAUAACGGAUUUCGCCUAUUUCGGACAAAAUCUCCAAAUUCUUCCUACUCCUUUUGGACAUGUGGAACUGGGAACUGAUUAUGGGAUGCACUCAAUUGGAAUCUGAUGCAUGUUCAAAUGAAAUAAAACCAUUACCAUUACUUAUUUAUUUAUGCAUUUUUGGGUUGGCGGUUCAAUGCUCACUCCCCAUACCAUACCAGUGCUUAUGUCCCUGGGGCAAGAGAGUUGGUGUAUGAAUAGUUGGUGGCAGCCACGUUUCCAUCAUACUACAGUAAACCUCGGAUAUAUCGGACUCGGAUAUAUC